AUGUCCAAAAUGACAAACGUGAAUUCUAGCUUAGCAUACGAGAUUCUACUUUAUCUGAAUUCCUUCUAUUUGGGAAUGUUUUUCGUAUGUGAAAUCGCUAUGGGAAUAUUAAAAGCGAUAAAUGUAUCAUAUCCAGAAAAUGCCCUAUGGACCGAGGCUGGAAUAUUUUGCGCGCUCUGCUUUGUCGAAGUGAUACGUAUUUUUCUAGGAAGACGCGGGAAUUUAGCCAGUAAAAAAGUUCCUGUGUUUUUCUCAGUACUGUUAACAAUUCCUUGUGCAGUUGGUGUAUGUUAUUUUCUCAUAUACCAAACAUACAUACUGAGACUUGAAUACAUAUGGUGCGCUGUGAUGUUAAUGUUCCACGCAUUGGAACUUACUUUUGCCAUUCUAUUCAUUUUGACAGUGUGUAAAAACCAACAGUAUGAAUAGAACAGGUUUAAAAGUACCUCCUUGCCAAAGAAAUACUAAUUGCCAAAUUGAUUGCCAGAUUGUAAUCAUUUUAUUAACAAUCGAAGAUUUACAUUAAUAUCCUGAGGAGAGUACUUUACAGUAAAGACAAUUAAUUAUCUAUUUUUUUAGAUAGUUGUUUAAAAGUAUUAUAGAAAGCAUAUAUAGUGUGGUUUUUAGGCUAUAAUGUUAUGAUAAACAAAAUAUUUCUAGUUAAACUGUUAAAAUUUUCUUGUUGAUUGAGUUUGUAAUUGAGCCGCUUUUUUAUGUAUAAGCUUUAGUUAUUUAUAUUAGGUAAAUAGCAAUCUACGUACAUGUAACGUCCAAUUAAAAAGAGGUUUAUAUACUCUAUAAACUUAAUUAUAUUGUUCAUAACUAGGGGAAAUAAAACUGUGUUUACUAUU